AUGGUUUGUUGGAGAUCCCCCGAAGGUAAGGCAAUACCUUUCUACGCCAAAGGUAGUAGUAGUAGUAUUGGUGACAAGUCCAAAAAACAACAACAUUCUUCAACUUCACCUAAAGAAAAUAUAGUUCAAGAAACCCUAGAUGAUCAAGCUCAAGUGGUGGUCACAAAUCCAUCAUUUCUAUCACCGCCGCCGCCGCCGCCGCCACAACCGUCGCAAAUUUACAUAGCAAGUGAAUUAGUGAAUCCAAAAAGACCAAGAUACACAAGUAGUACUACAACUGGCCAAUGGAAACUUUUACCGUCACCUUCACAAAAACAAAGUGUUCUUGCCAUUGAAAAAACACCAUCACCAUCACCAUCCACCACCCAACAACCACCGCAACUCCAUUCUGUUGCUGCGGCGGCUUCGUCGUCCGACACGGCUUCAUCGCCGUCGCAGUCUCCAAGACCGUCUGUCUCCGGUCAGGAGACAAGCAAGUCAUCAGGAGAACAACAAUAUAGUCAACAUCAGUUAAGAAAAGGUAAGUAUGUUAGUCCUGUUUGGAAACCUAAUGAAAUGUUGUGGCUAGCUAAAGCUUGGAGAAUUCAAUACCAAGGUAGUGGUGGGCUUCAAGGUAGGGGAAAAACUCGGGCGGAAAAAGACCGAGAAGUGGCCGAGUUUUUGCGACGAAACGGGGUGAACCGAGACGCGAAAACUGCGGGGACAAAAUGGGAUAAUAUGUUGGGUGAAUUUAGGAAAGUUUAUGAAUGGGAAAGAGGGGGUGAAAGAGAACAAAUUGGGAAAAGUUAUUUUAGGCUUUCACCUUAUGAAAGGAAGUUACAUAGACUUCCUGCUUCUUUUGAUGAGGAAGUGUUUGAAGAGUUGGCUCAAUUUAUGGGUUCUCGAAUGAGAACCCCACAAACUAGUAUCUGUAGAGGCCUCUUACAUUCUAGCGGCAGCGGUGAUCAUGAUUCGCGGCUGGCGAUUGUUGACACUAAAUCUUUCCCGCCUCCGCCGUUUCGAGAUGAUGAUCUUCCUUUCACAUCAUCCGGUAGGGGUGGUAGACAUCUAAUAAUGAGUAGUGGAGAAGGGUAUAUUCAUGGUGUUAGGGGGAAUUUAUUGGGGAUAGAGAGUUCUCCUAUGGAAGUAGGAGGGGGACAAUAUGAUUUAACCUCAUCAACAACAUUCAAGGAACUAAGAAGAAUUGGUAAAGUGAGAAUGGUGUGGGAAGAACUUGUGAGUAUAUGGGCCGAAGACGGCGAACAUCAUCGUGGUCGAGUUAAGGUUCAAGGAACAAGUUUUCUAAAUGCAGAUGAACUCACUUUCUUAGAUGAUUCAAUGGUUGCUUGUACAUUGGAAGCCUUUGAAGAUGCUAAUUCUCCACUGAAGGGUUUUUCUGUUGAUAGAUUCAUUCCUGGUCAACAAGUCAAAGUGUUUGGCAGAAGAAAGUCAACUCAUUUGGCUCCUCAAAGUUCUGGUAAACAAACCCAAACAUUCUAUUGAAGAACUUUAUUUUUUUUUAGUUUUAACAUUUUUGCAACAAAUUUUAUGUCUGUACCACCACUAGAGUUUCAAGAUCCGACCGAGUAUUACUUGGGUUGUCUCCGUGUUCCGCCACCGUCUCUUCCGAGUUUGAUCGACCUUCCGUGGUACUUGCAAGAGCCGCCGCCGGAAGAGCUCCGGUUUCCUCUACGAAAAGAUCUGUACCGAGAUCUUCCGCAAGGGAAAGAGCAUUUCUUCACCACCUCUUCUGAACCAUUGGACUGUCGAUCCAUCACGUUCGAGAUUUUAAGCCCAAUUGCUCGGUCAAACCCGACGCUAACAGCCACCGUAAGAGAAUCUUUCAUUGGAUUAUGGGACGAUAGUAUCAACAGAGUUAUAUCGAAGUUUAAUAAUCUUGAUAUGAUGUUUAUUCGGAAACCAUCAAGUUCUUUUUCGACGACUAGUGGCGUACAAGAUCAAUGGCCUAACGUGACUGGGUUCGUUCGGAAUUUUUGUUUGUGGAGAGGGGAAGAAACCGAUAGAUUAAGAGACGAUAAUAAUCUUGAUCCGUCUUCGUUGUUGGUACAAAAACUUUUAUGGAGUUAUUUGGAUCUGCCUUACAUUUUGGGUUAUUAUGCAGUUGGCUAUAUCGUCACCUUUUGUGCGUUAAGUCGGUCACACGAUAGGCUCAUUAGAACGGAUCUCCACACUGUCGACUUAUCGACACCAGGGGAUCGAAUCAGAGCAUUGGUUCCGUGUUGGAGGAUUGCUGGGUUACUCUCUUUAUUGGCUGAUCGUUGUACUAAUGUUCAACAGAUCAAUAAGGCUUUUCCGUACAGCGAUUUUGAGAAAAUCGAUAUGGGAAAUGGCAAUAUUAUUGAGUUAACACCGAAUCUUAUGACUCGAGUUUUUUCCAGCAAGCGAAAAUGGUUAAGCGUGAAAGAAAUCUAUGAUUUUCUCGAUCAUCGAAUUCCUAAUUCCGAAUACAUUUGUCAAUCCUCCGAAAGAGAUUUAAGUCUUAGUUUUAAACCAAGAGGAUGCAAGUUAAAGCUAUCGAACUUCUCGCAACUAAUCGAAGCCUUAAAACAAGUAACUAAAGCGUUAGUUGCGUUACACGAUUUAUCGUUUAUGCACCGAGACUUAGGUUGGGAUAAAGUGAUGCGAAGAAUCGACAGAGAAAAUGAGUGGUUUGUAAUAGGCUUUGACGAGGCAGCAAGUGCACCUCAAAUAUAUCCGCCCCAACCAGAACCAGCCGGGGCGGGACAAGGGCUCCCACCAACAUCGAUGGGAGGCAGAAACGCCCCGGAAAUGAAAGGGAGAGGAAUGCAUGGGGUGAAAGUUGACGUAUGGGGUGUGGGCCAUAUGUUGAAAACAUGUGGGUUGGUGGGGUUACCAAAACCGCUGAGAGAGUUACAGAAUAGAUGUCUAGAUCAGAAUCCAGAACAGCGACCCACGGCGGCGGACUGUUAUCAUCAUCUGCUUCAGUUACAGUCUUCAAUGUCAGCCGCAGCUGGUGAUUACUAAAAAUAUAUAAACAAGAAAAAAAGUUGUAGGUAAUAAUGAUUAAUUAUUAUUGUUUUGUUUUGAA